AUGGAGGAACUGGCCAGGGAGAGCAUCAGCUUGCUGGGCAAACCGGCGCUGGACACCGAUGGCCCACGACUGGGCUCGUUCGGUGCCGUGUUUAUAAUGCUGAAAUCGGCGCUGGGUGCAGGACUUCUCAACUUCCCAUGGGCUUUUCACAAAGCGGGAGGAGUCAAUACCGCCAUCGGGGUGGAACUGGGGUCACUGGUGUUCCUCAUCAGUGGCCUGGUGAUCCUCGGCUACUCCUCAUCCAUCAGUAGGCAGAACACCUACCACGACGUGGUGCGCGAGCUGUGUGGGCCGGCCAUCGGACACCUCUGCGAAGUCUGCUUCGUCUUGAACCUCUUCAUGAUCUCGGUGGCCUUCCUGGUCGUGGUGCAGGACCAGCUGGAGAAGUUGUGUGACUCCCUGUACGUGACGGUGACGGGCUCCCCCGAGAUGCCCUAUCACUGGUACACCGACCCGCGGCUCACGCUGCUCCUGCUCUGCCUCGUCGUCAUCCUUCCCCUCUCCAUACCCAAGGAGAUCAGCAUCCAGAAGUACACCAGCGUUUUGGGGACCCUGGCCGCCACGUACCUGUCGGUGGCGACCGUCGUAAAAUACUACAUGAAAGAGGACCAUGUUUCCAUCACUCCCGCGUACAGCAGUGGCAUAAGUUCAUGGGCUUCAAUGUUCAGCGUUGUCCCGACGAUCUGCUUUGGUUUUCAGUGUCACGAGGCCAGUAUUGCCAUCUACAGCAGCAUGGAAAACAAGAAGCUCUCCCACUGGGUGGUCAUCUCCGUGGUGUCCAUGUUCAUCUGCCUGCUCAUCUACUCCUUUACAGGGGUUUUUGGCUACCUGACAUUUGGUGAGAAGGUUGCGGCUGACAUCCUGAUGUCCUACCCCGAAAAUGACGUUGCCAUGAUUAUCUCCAGGCUGCUGUUCGGCAUCUCCAUCAUCACCAUCUACCCCAUUAUUCUCCUCCUGGGCAGGUCUGUGAUUCAGAAUCUGUUGCUGCGUGUCCGGCGACGGUUCGCCGUGGUAACACGGUCGUUCGAGAACCACAGUCGCGUGGUCCUGACCGUGAUCUGGAUCGCGGUCACCCUCCUCAUCGCCAUGUUUGUUCCCGACAUGAGUAAAGUCAUCAGUAUCAUCGGUGGCAUCAGCGCCUUCUUCAUCUUCAUCUUCCCAGGACUCUGCCUGAUGUUCAUCAUGCAGUCGGAGCCCGUGAAGCGCAGGACAAGAGUGUUCCUGACCUGCUGGGGAGUUACCACUGUCCUGUGUGGUGCCUUCAUCUUUGGCCAAAGCACCACCAUCGCAAUCAUGGAGAUCGUUAACGAGCUCUAAUUUCCAUAAAAUGCAGACGCGUCACUGGAGGACUCUCAGGAUUCAGUCUUCAUCAGCAACGGCUGCAUCUGGGACUGCUUCUGGAAAUGAACAUCGCCGACCUUUGCGGGAAGUCGUGUGUAACACUUAUGUCACCAGUAACGUCACGGAGCUCUCCCAGGCCUAACCUCUGUGCCGAUUUUUAAUAAGGGCCCUCAACCCUGGAAUCCACCACCACCUAAUUGUUACUGUAGGACCAAUUCCGAUUCUUUUUGCUAAGGAUUUUGGGUCACUCCUACUCAGAAGAUGGAAUGGGCUUGAGAUGGACCUAUUUAUAAUGAGAUGGACCUAUUUUAUAAUAUUGAAUAAGCUUUUAAUGUUGCGUUAACUCUUACUGUUAGUUUUACAUCUGUAAUUUAAUAUUUAUUUAUGAAUGCAGAAAAUUAUUGAAUAAAUGGUGGGUAGGGUAAACAAAGAGAGA